UUUUUCGCUGUGCAAUUCUUGUGGAGCACCGGUGGUGCCGUGUGAUUAGUGAUAAGUGAAUAAAUUGUUGAAAGUAGUUAGUUUUUAAAAGUGUUUGCAUAUCACGAUUCCCAUAAGUGGUGUCAGAAGUGGGAUCGUGAGGUGUUAAAAUAGUGGAAGAUCCCGCCGCACGAGUAACCAGCCGUCGAAGGAUCACCCGGAUGCUGCAAACACAACCAAUACUGUGGCUCCUUACGCUGGUAGGGAUGGCCACUUCAGACUUGAGAAUUCAUACCCUGGAUCAGAGUCCGAUCAUUAUAGUUCCGUUAGGACCCGCUAAAAUAAGCACUAGUUCUCUGCGAAUUGUGCACCCCAUAAACUUGACCUCAAUUGGAACAAUUGUAGAAAGCUUUAACGCCGUUUCUAUGGAGAGAUUGUCGAAUCAAACGCCUUUUAAGUCAAUAGUUAAAGCAAAAUUAGACAAAAUAAACUUGAGUUACAACCGAAUAAAACCACUACGUAGGAGAAAACGAUGGGAAUCUCUCGGAAAGGCCUGGAAAUACGUAUCGGGAAGCCCUGAUGCAGACGACCUUAAGAUUAUAAAUUCGUCAUUAAAUUCAUUAAUUAGCGAGAAUAACAAGCAAAUAAGAAUCAAUAGUGCUUUCGAUUCACGAAUGAGCAACAUUACAAAAGCAAUUAACGUCAUACUGGAAAAUGAGGAAAAUGUAAUACAUUCCUUAGAGGGCUUUGAUGUAUUAGAAUUAAUAUUCAAAAUUGAUGAGCUAUUAUACCACUUAGACAUAAUCGAAGAGGCGAUCACACUAGCGAGACGGAGUAUCCCAAGCAGCCGCAUCAUUCACCUCGACGAAUUGGAAACCAUUCAUCAUUCCCUCAUUAAUGACGGUUUCGGGCUUAACUCGGUCGAUAGCAUACUUAGUACUGCCAAUGCCUACGCAGUAUUAAACAACGAAAUUUUCAUGUACAUACUGAAGAUACCCAGGAUCAAAAAUGUACAGUACACCCUCAACUUCAUUGAACCAGUCAUUGUAGAUCACCACAGAGUCCACCUACAAACACAGUUUAAUUUGAAAGGACAGAAAUCAUUCAUGUUAAAAAGCGCUUGUUCCAAAGCCAACGCCAUGUUUAUAUGUUCCUCAACGGAUCUAGAACCUUUGACGGGUUGUAUGCAACAAUUGGUCUCCGGAAAUACAGCAGAGUGUCCCAUAGAACGCACCUACGGAAACAAAACUAUUCGGAAAAUCAAUGAUGGCAAUAUAGUCGUCAAUGCAAUCAAUGUAACACUUUCGUCAAACUGUUCAGUCACCCAACGCACUCUACAGGGGUCGUUCCUAAUCCAAUACUCAAACUGUACACUGAAAUUGGAUGACGAGGAAUAUGUCAACACAAACAUGGAGAUACAGCCGUUCAUACCUACCACGGGAUUGAAGGUAAAUCCAACCAAACUGUUUAACCACAUUCCGUUGGAACAUUUACAGGAGUUACAUAUGGAACAGCGUAACCAUAUCACACACCUUAACCUGACAGCCGAAAACCUCCAUUGGAAACUUCAUUUCCUGGGAUGGAUAGCAUCCGUAAUCUCAUCAACUUUACUAAUCUGCAUACUGGGUUCAUCCAUAAUCAUCGUUUUGAAAUUCGCCGCCUGGAAGACACUCCUUACCAACAGCAAACCAGGAGUCAUCGAACAGGAUACCAUCGCAUCAACCGAGGCCCAUCCCGAGUCCAGAGAGGUACCGCUGAUACUUCAGCAGUAGACGAAAGCCGAGGACGUCUUUCAGCUAAGGGGGAAGCCGUUACGGAACCGUUUGGUACAUCACGCCACUCGGGUCCGCCAACCUACGGUCGACAACGUGGAGCGUGCAGCGUCAGCAGUAUGCAGUCAUAAGAGGGACGCGAGCGC